GACGACAUUCUUCCUCACAGUCUCCUGCUGGAGCUGGUCUCUCUGAUUCUCCCCCUCUCAAACCUCUGACAUGCUCUUUAAGUUCAUCUCUGCUGUUGUGACCAGGGCUGUCUUCAUCCUCGUCUCCCUCAUCGGUGUGUGGAGAGUGGUGUGGGUGAAAAACAAUGGACACUACUGGUUACUUACCAUCCUCUACCUACCGCUGGUGGCUGAGAUGAUCCUAACCCUGAGGAGAAAGAAGGGGAAUGAUUACAAAUGGUUUUCUCCAGCAGUAUUUCUCUUCCUCAUCAGUAUUAUUCCAUCUAUAUGGAUUUUAGAGAUUCAUCACCAAGAAAACAAAUCUGCAGACUCCAGAUGUAAUAAACUUGACUCAUCUGAAAAUUUUGAGAGGCUUUUCAAACUCAGGAGCAACUCAACCAGCGUCAUGGAGAGAUUAGAGGUUCCUCUGACCACCGUCUGUGCCAAUGACUGGAUCCUGGCCUUACAUCAGAUCCUGCUGAUCUUACUGAUUUUGGGAAAAUGGCUGCUGCCAGCAACCGGAGAGCUGACCAGAGACCAGCUGUCUCAGUUACUGCUCAUCUUUGUGGGCACAGCAGCCGACAUCCUGGAAUUCACCUCUGAAACCAUUUCUGACAUCAGCAACAGUAGUCCAGCUAUGGUCUACGUAAUUCUGAGUGUGUGGACUUGGAGCAUGCUGCAGUUUCCUCUGCACCUCUCAGUGAUGGACUCAUCGUCAGAGGACCAGCCUGAACCCGCCCCGUCUCGGCCCUGUCACCUCCGGGCUGAUAUCUGGAGCAUCAUGGAGGCUUUGCUCAUCCAGGAUGGACCUUUCUUGGUUGUUCGCCUCGUCGUCAUGAUCCGCUUCAAAGUUGUGCACCAGAUGCUGAUCUUCUUUGUCAUUAAGAACUUCCUGGUUGUUGUGUUGAACGUCUACAGGUUGCAGGUCCUCAGCUGUGACACUUCCAGCUCGGACGGCUUGUAAAACACAUUAACAUGAAGCCAUGCCAGAAAUCUAGUUAUUCACCUUUUUAAAUACAGCCCAUAAAUUGUUGUUGCGUUAUGUGUGUGUUCAGAAUUGGGACGGAGGUGUGGUAAAAACUGUGUCCUUUAGCUCAGUGGUUCCCAACCUGGGGUCUGGGACCCCCCAAGGGGGUCACCCAAAGAGCACAGGGGGGUUGCUGAGGCUUUGACCAUUCAGGACCAUUGUGAUUAAUGUCCACACAUUGUCCCCAUGUCUCUGUCUGUCUGUCUGUCUGCCAACAACAUAUAACCAGAAAUGUCAGAAACGGAAUAAAGGAACAAGUGAUCCUGUUGGAGGGGUGGUCCAGAUCUCCGUCUGGAUCCAGGAAUGUUUUAAACGAUUCUUUUGUAUGAGGAGAUGGGGACCUCCUUCGAACUUCUAACUCCAAAAUAAUGCCCACAAUCACUGGUAUAAACAAUAAAUACAAUGGCUUGGUGGAGGUCUGCACUCUCUGAGUGCUUCUAGUUUUUUCUUUCUUUCUUUCUUUUUUUUUAUUAAGCUGUACAGAUUCGUAAAGGUUGGAAAAAUGAUGAUACAUUUUUUUAUAAGUGCUUUACAUUGUACUGGUGGUAGUCUGGAAAUGAUUUAUCUUGAUCUCAGUUGGCAUUUUAACAGAGGUGUGAACAUUUUUUUCUCCUCUGGGUCAUCAGUGAUGGAGGAAACUGCUGCUUGUCUGUGUCCCUGGACCAGAACCAAAGCUCCAGCAUCGUCUCCCCGUCCAGGCGUUGCUGGUCCAUCACCUCCAUCCAGUCCUCUACAGCGCAGGACUUCUUCUCUGGAGCCUGCUGCUUUCUGACCUGCUCGACUGAUUUCUUUUCUUCCUUUUCUGCUUCUCGUCACGUUUCUUUGAGUCUGGCGUUCGGUUCAUCUGGAUCUUUAACAACUUCCUUCCUUUCUUUGUUACUCCAGAUGUUAGACCAGCUGACUGGACAGAUCUUUUUUUUUUAUUAUUAAAUUAUCUUUGUAAAGGGUUUUAAAGUCCUUUCUGAUGUGUCACUGUUUUAUCUGUUAGAACUUUAUGGGCCAUGUUUCUGUCAAUCAUCAGGUGCAACAACUCCCCCAAAUGAAAAUGUUUUACACUUUCAUUUAAAAUAUUCCUUUAUGUGUAUGUAAAAUAAAACGUUUCCUGUGUUUAACUCAAACAAAGCUGGUAAUUACAGUCAUUUUUUAAUAAACUAGAUGUUCAGCUGAUCAGUUUAGUGUCAUUU